CGUGGUCACUGCCUCAUGUACGGCCAUCUCGUUGUAACGUCAUGGCGAUUGCGCAGUCACUGUGGGAGCUCUCUUUGCCCUUCAUCAUUAUCACUGAAAGGAUUUACUCUUGAGCUUCUGAAAGUCUUGUCACCAUGCACGAGUGCCUUGGCUGGCAUUUGCAUCAGGCCUGCGACUGCAAGCUAUAGUCACUUAUUGCAGACCGACGCAGGCUCCAACACGCUUGGCUUCCUCUUGAGGGCAACACCUGCUGCGUGUUCAAUUGUCUCCAAAAGGACCAGGAAGAUAUACUGGGGGAUCUCUCCAGACUCCCUAAUAAUCGCCAUGCCUCAGCCAAAGAUUGUCGACAUGGGCUCCGCCUUUAUCCAGACGCAGCAGCUCAAUGCCGCCAUGGCUGACACCUUCCUGGAACAUAUGUGCCUCCUGGACAUCGACUCAAAACCCACCACCGCUCGCAACACUGGCAUCAUCUGCACCAUUGGACCAGCCUCACGAUCUGUGGAAAUGCUGAAAGAAAUGAUCAAGUCCGGAAUGAACAUUGCCCGAUUGAAUUUCUCCCACGGCACACACGAGUACCAUGCUGAGACCAUCAAGAAUGUGCGUGAGGCAUGUGAGAGUUUCGAGCCAGGUAGCAUUCAAUACCGGCCAAUCGGUAUCGCCCUGGACACCAAAGGCCCGGAGAUCAGAACCGGCCUUAUUCAGGGAAGUGGCACUGCAGAAGUGGAACUCAAGAAGGGCAACAUUAUCAAGAUCACAUUGGAUGACAGCUAUCAGGAUAAAUGCAGCGACGAGAUCCUGUGGCUGGACUACAAGAACAUCACCAAAGUAGUAACACCCGGCAGCAAUAUCUACAUUGACGACGGACUCAUAUCGCUGCAGGUCAAGGAGAUCGGCCCUGAUUUCCUUAUGUGUGAAAUUGAGAACGGUGGCACCCUGGGCAGCAAGAAGGGCGUUAACCUGCCCGGCGCUGCCGUCGACCUGCCCGCCGUCUCUGAAAAAGACAUCCAGGAUCUGACAUUUGGCGUGGAGCAAGGCGUUGACAUGGUGUUUGCCUCUUUCAUCCGCAAGGCAGCAGACGUCCACGCAGUCAGGGAAGUGCUGGGCGAGAAAGGCAAAAACAUCAAGAUCAUCAGUAAGCUGGAGAACCACGAAGGCGUGCGCAGGUUUGACGAGAUCAUGGAGGCCAGCGAUGGCAUCAUGGUUGCCCGUGGUGACCUUGGUAUUGAGAUCCCCACCGAAAAAGUCUUCGUAGCCCAAAAGAUGAUGAUUGGCCGUUGCAACAGAGCCGGAAAACCAAUCACCUGUGCCACUCAGAUGCUGGAGAGUAUGAUCAAGAAGCCACGACCAACCCGCGCCGAAGGGAGCGAUGUCGCCAAUGCGGUACUGGACGGGGCUGACUGCAUCAUGCUGAGCGGCGAGACCGCAAAGGGAGACUACCCUCUUGAGGCCGUGCGCACACAACACAUGAUUGCUCGCGAAGCCGAGGCGGCCAUGUUUCACCGUCAGGUGUUCGAGGACCUGCGUCGAUCCACACCCCACUGUAAAGACCCCGCCGAGGCCAUCGCCAUCGGUGCCGUCGAAGCCUCCUUUAAGAGUCUGGCCUCAGCCAUCAUUGUGCUUACUGGCUCGGGAAGGUCCGCCCACCUUAUCUCCAGGUACAGACCCCGUGCUCCCAUCUUGGCUGUGACCCGUAAUGCCCAGACUGCCCGCCAAGCUCACCUUUACCGCGGGAUCUUUCCAGUCCUCUACACAACUCCCGCUCACGACGUGUGGGCUGAGGAUGUUGACAUGCGUGUCAACUUUGCUAUGGAUAUGGGCAAGGUGAGAGGCUUCUUCAAGGAGGGAGAUGUUGUCAUCGUCCUGACUGGGUGGCGUCCAGGCUCUGGUUUUACCAACACCAUGCGUGUGGUUCUAGUGGCCUGAGCAACCAGAACAAGGGUCCACUCCCUCUAUACCCGCUCUAACACUCCACUGUUCGUUCUGACUCCUAUGUGAACUAUUAAGGGUAUUAGGCAAUUAGCUCAAGAAUAAUUAUAGACCAAAAUUACAAAACAAUUAUUCUUGGUAGGGUUAUUUCUGAUUUUGCAAUUUUCACUUCCUGGUCCAUUCCUUUCAUGUUAAAUUUCCCUCAGUGAAACCAGUUUUGAGGGUCAAUUCAGAUUGACGCACAUUGACCAGAAGCUGCUGUAUUUAUUCACUGGAGACGCUUGUAUUAAAUGCAAUCACCUUAAUCUAUUGACAGAUCCUGGUGCAUGCGCAUUGCCGCUGUCAUUUGGGUGGCGCCGCGUGAACACGAGUCCAGUUUUAAAACGUGACACCCAUCGAUCGAAUAAGUGAACAAAAACAAAUGCAUUUUCAUCCCACUUCUGCCACGCCACCCAAAACAGAUCCUAGUCAUAGUGCUGUGUGUAUGAAGUGUCUUCUAUGCUUGGGUGUUGCACUCCUAAUCUCCAAUGUGUUACAGUCUAUUAUACUUGACUAUUAUGUACGGUGUUUUGUUCGGGGCAUUUCAGUCUAUUUUGUCCAACUGUAGAGUGUGUGGAUGUCCUGUUGGAUUUCUGUAUUUAAGUUAGAUGUGUCAUGUAGCCUUACGUGUGUAGUUGAUCAUAUCUAAGUUGGCACUUGGAAGUCUAAGGAAUUGAAAUAGCACUUGGAGGGGAUUUUUUUUUUUUUUUCUUCGUCGCUGUUGUUUGACACGCUUUUGAUUGUUACACUAGAGCUAUGUGAGCUUGAAGAGGUCAUGUGUAGCUGGUUUGUCACCAGACUGGAUUUCAUCAAUAAAAAUGCAAGUACCUAAA